AUGAGCUUCGGGUUUGCGACAUCUGUCAAUCGCACCACUUCAAACCAAAUUCAUCCACGAUAUCGUAGGCUAUUUGAUUUUUGGACCCAUCAGGACCCAACAGGGGUCUUGUUCAAUUCUCCGAAAUUCACACGUUUGAACCGGACCAGACUAGCCCCUGAAGCAAUGUCAAACCCCCUUUCUUUCACCAGGCAACAAAGGAUACCAAGCCGGAUUGGGAAUAAGCUGUGUAUUACCUCAUCAAAUCUACCAAAAACCCUUGGCCAUGGCGAGUAUAAAGAGGCCAAUACUUUGGCACCAGAGAUUUCUGCUUUUUUUAUCAUGCAAGCCCAAGAAAACCAGACUGGAAACAUGGAAGCUGAAGACGAGAUUCAAAACACCCAAGACGCUUCCGCACCCGUCACCAAUGCAGCUGUAGCAGCCCUUGUCUCCGAUAGCCUGAAGCAACAAGCUGCCCAGUUCGAAGCCAUCAUCAAUGGCCUCCGAACCCAACUCAACGACUUCAAAGAUCUCGGGAACCAAUCUGGGCGUAAACAGAAUGCCACCCCCAAAUCAGCCACUCCCAAAUCAACUCCAGACACCUCCUCUACUCGUAACCGCAUGAAACCCACACCUUCAUCAUCUCGGAAUUCUUAUUCAACACCUACGCCAUCGAGCAAAGCUCCUCGAAAGUCUAAAACUCCUUCUACACCUAAUGAGGCUCCAGCACCUUCACCUUCACGUAAACGCCACCCACUUCAGCUGAUAGGAUCAGAAACUCCUGCGGAUUACAAAACGACAAGGGACGCCUUAUACAUUCACAUCAAGAUGCUCUGGGGUUUAUUCAAAGCCCACGAUGUUCCCCCUCCGCCCGAUCCCAGCCUCUUGAAGGAACUUUAUGCUCGCUUCAGUUCUGCCGAACAGGUCGAGGCUGCCAUCACCGACCCUCACAGUUGCGACUUGGUGGCUCAAAAUGACAUACUCACUUUGAGGUCAUUGAAAGCCGGUGGUGGAAAAAUAGGCCGAGGUAUGGCCAAUCUAGAUGAAACUUACAUACUUUACAUUCAUGGGGUCUUGGCAAAAGUGGGUAUUCGUGUUUGGUGUCCCGACCUCAAUGAUUCCGUCGAUUCGCUUUACAAUUCAGCUUGCCGAAUUACUGCGCUUGGUACUUUUCGCCAACUUAUGGCAACCGGAGCUUACGACCAUGCCAAUGUCAAUCCGAACUACGUCAAUGCUAUGUCUCGCUUCAUCACUACCUACAACCAUUAUGUCCAUUAUCUCGUUGCAAACAGAUCCAAGAUCGAGGCGAAGGAAGCUGGAAAAUCUCAAGCAGACGGUGCGAGAAAGUGUAUUCAGAAACGUAGAGAACAGCUUUGUGAACUUCGAAUGUCAUUCCUCAAUGGACCGAAUCGAAAGAGUUUUCCUCCGCGCUACCGAAAGAUUUGUGAGAAAGUCCUUGCACACAGCGACGAUGAGGAGGUCCCUGGUAAACCCUACCUUGUCAUCAAGACUCUGCCUUACCGAUCGAAAAAUGCUAGUAAAUUCUUCAGAAGACUCGACAUUGAGAUGAAGAAAGCGGCCGAAAUUGCGGGAGAAACUUUUCAUAAGAAGCCACGUCGUUUGCCCUCCAAACCAGUCCCUUCCAUUUUCAAAAAGGCGCCAAAAAACUUACCGAUUGACUUCUACGACCCCAAGUGGUAUCACUCGCUUCACCCAGGUCAACAACGCCUGGUGGCCAAACAAGAUCAAGUGGCUUUGUUGCCUGAUGCAGCUGAGUCUCUCUGUCCACAACGCCAUCCUGACGAAAAACUUGGAGAUGCCGCGUUCAAUGACAAGUAUUUAGACAUCUUAUCUAUCCCAUAUGUGCCAGAUGAUGAUCAUGAGGAUGAAGCUGAUUAUGUGGGUGAUGAUGAUGUUGAUCUGGGUGAUGAUGAGGAUUUGGAAGACGAAAAUAUGGACUCUGAUGACGAAUCGGAUUUUCUUUCUGAUGGUGAUUUUGGCAAUUUGUAUGACGAUGAUGAAGACGCUGCUUGA